AUGUCAAAAAAGCAAGAAUCAAAAGGCUGGAGUUUUAACCUUGAUAAAGCCCCAAACAAGGAAAACUUAAAAGACCCACUUGGCUUUAAGUCAAGCAUUAAUGAUGUAGUUGUGAGAAACUCUGGCAAGAAAAAUGUCACUCAGACUGAAGUGCUAGAAAAUAAAGCUUGGGAAUUCGCAAAGUCACCAUCUAAGCAAAUAUUCGUGACUCUAUUUAUGUUUUACAUGACUGGUACUGGUUUGAGUAUUUGGACAAUCAUGAUCACUUGCGCCUUUGUUAUGAAUCCUCUCAAGUCUAUCUUCGGAGUUAAUUAAGCAUUUGUCCCGUUUGAGAAUAAACAGAUCAAUUUACUUUUACCAAAACUUACCUAUGUGUUCUUUAAUGCUGUCAUGCUAGCAGGAGCUCUGUAUAAAUUCUCUAUAAUGGGAAUCAUUCCUGUAGCUCCUAUCGACUGGGUUGGUUUGAUCAGUAGUAAAGUUCCAAUAGAGCACUCAUAGGUCGUAGUUUUCAAUUGA